GAAGCCAACAGCACUCACAGGACAAGCACCAGCCACAAGAAGCACAGCUAGCACGAACAGGUUGCAGCCAUGAGAGGCUUCGUUUUCAGUCUUGUACUUCUCUUCCUUGCCGGAACCCAGGCUCGGUACCCUUGGCAGAAUGAGGAGCCCCACACUCCACUUCAGCAGGCCCGAGAGAUCAUUGACUCUUACCUAACCAAAGUUAAGGAAUUGGGCAAAGAGACCGUUAGCCAACUGGAUGAGUCAGGAUUUGGAAAGCAACUUGAACUGAAGCUAACUGAGAAAUUUGAGGCCCUUAGCAGCAAUGCCCUUCAGUUGAAGAAAGAGAUUCGUCCCUAUUUGGAUAAUGUCAGAGAGCAGGUGGCUAAGGAAAUUGGGAAAGACAUUCCGAUUAUCCAAGAGAAAGUUCGCCCCAUCCUGGAAGCUUUCCAUAAACGAUGGAUUGAGGAAGUCAAGGCAUACCAGCAGAAAGUAGAACCCCUGGGUGCUGAGCUGCGUAAGCAGACCAAGGAGAACUUCGAAGCCUUCAAAGCCAAGGUCCUGCCCUAUGCCGAGGAACUUAGGGACAAGCUGCGUACUGAAAUUGACACCCUACGAGUUAAAUUGGCCCCUUUAGGUGAAGAAGUGAGACAGAAAGUUGCACAGAAAUUGGAAGAACUCAAGACCAACGCAAGUCCCCGUGCUGAGGAGAUCAGAGCCCAGGUUGCUCAACACAUCGAAAACCUGAAAGGGAAACUCGCACCUCUGGCCCAGAAUCUCAGAGAGCGUCUUCAGCCCCACGCAGAGGAAGCAAAAAACAAGUUGGCUAAACUAUUAGAAGUAGUGAGGGCCAGGCUUAACCAGCAAGCAGCAUAAACCCAUUCCCUGUUCAAAAACUUCAUGAAGCCAUGGUGCUAUCAAAAUCGGUAUCUCUCGAUCCAUCACAUCAGUUUCUAUUCCUUUUACCAUACAAAUAGUACUGAUGAGAGAUAAUAUGUUAACAUGCUGCUAACUUACCAUUCCUCUUUUCACUUUGUAGCGCAGGAGAUAAUAUAUUAACAUGAUUUUAAAAUCUACUUUGCUGUUUACAUAUUACACAUUGCUUACCUCCUUCUUUAAAACAACAUACCUAUCUAUUCUAAGGUUUCAUUGACUAAAAUAAAAUGCGUUGGUAAUCUA